AUGUUGUAUUUGAUUGGAUUGGGAUUGUCUUACGAGACCGACAUCACUGUGCGUGGGUUGGAAACAGUGAAGAAAUGUAAGAGAGUUUAUUUGGAAGCAUAUACUUCGAUUCUUAUGGCAGCUAGUCAAACAUCAUUGGAAGAAUUUUAUGGCCGGGAAAUCAUAUUGGCCGAUAGGGAGUUAGUCGAAACCGGGGCAGAUCAAAUCUUGAAAGAUGCCGAUACUGAGGACAUUGCAUUUUUGGUUGUUGGGGAUGUUUUUGGUGCCACUACUCAUACUGAUUUAGUUAUCAGAGCUAGAGAAUUGGGUAUCAAAGUUGAAGCAAUUCAUAAUGCAUCAGUUAUGAAUGCGGUUGGAGCUUGUGGAUUACAAUUGUACCAGUUCGGACAAACUGUAUCAUUAGUGUUUUUCACUGAUAGCUGGAAACCUGAUUCAUUUUAUAAUAAAAUCAUGGAGAAUAGAAAGAUUGGGUUACAUACUUUACUUUUAUUAGAUAUUAAAGUUAAAGAACAGAGUAUUGAGAAUAUGGCAAGAGGUAGAUUGAUUUAUGAGCCACCAAGAUAUAUGGAUAUUGCUACUGCUGCAAGUCAAUUAUUAGAAAUUGAAGAAAUCAGAAAUGAACAAGCUUAUACUCCAGAUACUCCAUGUGUUGCAGUUUCCAGAUUAGGAUCUCCAACCCAAACUUUCAAAGCUGGUACUUUAAAGGAAUUAAGUCAAUAUGAUUCGGGGGAACCUUUACAUUCUUUAGUCAUGUUGGGUAGACAAGUCCAUGAUUUGGAAUUGGAAUAUUUAUAUCAAUACGUUGAUAAUAAAGAAGAAUUUAAAAAAUUUGUUGAAAAAGAUCAAGAAUUUUUCAAACCUCCACCAUACGUACCACCUGAAGAAGAUGAAUUAAGUGAUUAA